AUGCAUAGUGGCGCGCAAGGUGAUCAGGAUGUCUCGGAUCAAACACGUAUAGUGGGGGGCACUAAUGCAGCAGAUGGGGAGUUUCCUUAUCAGAUUUCUCUGAGAUGGUACGGACAGCAACAUUUCUGUGGUGGUUCUAUUAUAGCAUCUCAGUGGAUCCUUACAGCGGCACAUUGCCCUAUUACAGAUAAAAAAGAUGCCAAAGUGAUUGCUGGAACUAACAGUCUUAAAUCAGGCGGAGACACUUACGAGAUUGACCAACUCAUAAGACAUGAAAAUUACAAUAGUACUUCUUUCGCAAAUGACAUUAUGCUUUUGAAACUAACCAAGGAGAUCAAAUUCGGCAAAAAAGUAGCUACUAUAACCUUACCAAGUAAGAAUACACCUGGCAGCGUCGAGUUGGUUGCAUCAGGAUGGGGAUACGUUGACAACAACAAGAAAGUACCAGAGAAAUUGCAAAAGAUCACUGUAAAAUCUUUGAGCGUCGAACAGUGUCAACGGAGCGAUUUACGACGAUUACAAAGAACCAACCCUAUUACAGGAAAACAAAUUUGCACUUAUAGAAACAAUAAGUCUGGUCUCUGCCAGGGUGACUCGGGUGGCCCACUUGCCAAUAAGAACACACUUGUGGGCAUCACUUCGUGGGGGAUCCCCUGUGCUAAAGGUUAUCCCGACAUCUUCACUAGGGUGUACUCGUACGUGGACUGGAUUGAAAAGAAAAUAAAAAAAUAA